AUGUCCUCUUUUUUCACAGUGCCCGCGUCCCAGCGCAAGCGGAAGAGGGACGAUCGCGCCGCAGCUCCGGGAUCGAAAAAGCGAGGUGUUGAUGGCAAGGGAGAAUCCCGCGCCAAGGGUGGAGGCAGAUCUAGAGAUCGGGAAGAAUCCAUUUCUGGCAGUGAUUCGGAAGAGAACGAGAAUGCGGACAGUGUAGCAUCAGGAGAGUCUGGAUCUGAGAGCGGUUCGGAAUCGGAAGAUGGCGAGACAGCCGCAGAGCGAAGAUUGAAACUCGCCGAGAGAUAUUUGGACAAUGUGCGGGAUGAGGUGGACGUCGCCGGCUUCGAUGCGGCUGAGAUUGAUCGCGAUUUAAUCGCAGAGCGGUUAAAAGAGGAUGUGGACGAAUUCAAAGGACGGGCCUACCGUCAAAUAGCUUCAGAUUUGUCCUUCUCGACCGCAUCGCAUUCGUUCUUCCGGGCAGAUACCCAGUCGACAACCUCCAUCGCGGCCCACGCGCCAUAUGUCUACACAGUGUCGAAAGAUAAAACUUUGGUCAAGUGGGAACUUGCUACGCCCAACAAUCCGAACACCUCUGAAACAAAUGGAAAGCGGCGGCCGCGUCCGCAGCGGAAGAAGCCCAAGCAGUUGAAGUUUGUGCGGGGUGUGCAGCAGCCCUCUGAGGAGGGCGAAGAAGAGCAAGGCCACUCUAAGAGCAUCUUGUCUGUCGCCAUCUCGCCAUCUGGAAAAUACGUGGCUACUGGUGGAGAGGAUAAUAAAUUAAUCAUCUGGGAUGCUGAAACUUUGACACCCCUGAAGACCUUCACACAACAUCGCGACUCGAUCAGCGGGCUUGCGUUUGUCAGACAUAUCUCUAGUAUGAACUCUGGUGAGCAAUUGUUCACCGGGUCCCUUGACCGAACGAUCAAGACAUGGUCAUUGAGCUCGGCGGGUCAUGCCUAUGUUGAAACGCUAUUUGGACAUCAAGACAACGUUGUGUCGAUUGCUGCCAUGACGACUGACCAAUGUGUCAGCGUCGGAGCACGAGACCGUACAGCGAGAUUAUGGAAGGUCGCGGAAGAGUCCCAGCUUGUCUUCCGUGGAGGAGCUUCGAAGUAUACCCCAUACCACGAGAACAACAUUGAUUGCGUGGCUGCCCUACCUCCUAACCAUUUUGUGACUGGAUCCGACUCUGGCUCUCUGGCUCUCUGGUCCGUGCACAAGAAGAAACCACUUCAUACAAUCCCUGCUGCCCACGGGCUGGAUCCCAUACCACCACUGGAUGAGCUAUCCUGCGAGGUUGACGAAGAGACCGCUGCAUCAAACUCCAAACACCUCCGCCGUCUGCCUCGUUGGAUCACCGCUUUGGCCACAGUCCCAGGUACCGAUAUUGUUCUCAGUGGCAGCUGGGACGGCUGGAUCCGAGCAUGGAAGAUCUCAGAGGAUAAAAAGACGAUAAUCCCCCUGGGCCCCGUCGGUAAAGGAACACCAGGUUCCUUAGCACCCGAUACUCCCUCUCGCCAGUUGAACCAAAACCUUGCCUUUAACACUCCAGUCAAAUCAGACCGCAUGGCCAUCGAUGAGCCCGAAACCCAAAGGGCUGAAGACCCUAAAGAAGAUGCCGAGCCUCUCAUCAAGGGUGUUGUUAACGAUAUUGCGGUUUUCGAGCGUCGUUUCGACACCAUCAAGCCCGGCCAAACCGUCGAAUCCAAGUUGAAGUCGAAAUCGGAAGCCUCUGAGUCAGAAUCCCGGGGUCUGUGCAUUGUUGCUGCUGUUGGAAAAGAGCAUCGUCUUGGUCGCUGGAAGUGCUUUGCCAACAACUUCCACGAGGGAGCUACCGCUGACGGCCGAAAUGGUGCUGUCGUUUUCGAGGUUCCAUUUAGCUCGGAGAAAUCAAACAAAUCUGAGGCAUAA